ACUCUCUCCAUAUGCCGGGCUAGGCUUUUCAUGAUGUCUGCUUGGCGACUCAAUACUUCCACCGCCCACCCAUCGCACAGGCAGAAGCGUCUGGUGAUUUCAUGUUCGGAAUGCCAUAGACGCAAACAGAAAUGCGAUCGACAGCACCCAUGUUUUCACUGCUCUCGACGAGGCAAACCUGGACUUUGCCUGUAUGAGUACACCGAGCAAAAAUACGUGGGUGCUGACAAAUUGGCAACUCAAUCGAGAACAGCCCAAGAUCUACCACCAAGCCCAUUCCAGUCGUCGUCCGACAACACGCCUGGUCAAGAGGAGACUUCCGUCACUGUUCAUGAGCUAUCAACACGAAUGGGUUACUCUGGCAAUGCCAAAGGUACCCUUGAUAUUGUUUCCCAACUCGGGGCAUUGGGCCAUGACUCAGCCUCCCGCGAGAGGCUACAGAACCAUGAUGCGGCAGUUCACUACAUGAAUCUCAUAAGGAAGAUACCACAAAGGGAACACGUCAAUAUCCUUGUGGAGUCGUUCUUCACCAAUGUUGCAUGGCAAUAUGAUGUUAUCGAUCAUUCUACGUUCCGGAUUGAGCUAUCAAGCUGGAGUCACAUCUCCUCCACGACGUUGAAUAUGGGCCCCGAGAACUUGUCUGUCAGCAUCCGGGCUUUCCCUGCGUUACUUCUUCAGGUCCUCGCACUCGCAUUACAGUUCCAUCCUGAUGAAAACGAUGAAGCACUGCAGGGUCUUAAAUACGCACCCGAUGUCGACUUUGCCGACUUGGCCGCGGAUUAUAGCAACGUGGGCCACCAAAUCAUGUCCAUGCUAGGAAGCAAAGACAUCUCUCUGAACAAAAUUCAAGCUGGACUGAUGGAGGCAUUUUUUGAGAAGAGCAUAGGUUCAGUCAUUGAAGCAUGGCACACACUUGGAAGAACGAUCCGAGACGCUCAAGAACUUGGCUUGCACAGACGUAGGGCUUGGAACCCAAGUCGGCCUGCCGAACACGUCAUGCAGACGCCGGUGUUCCCACUGGAGAGGAAAUUGUGGUUUGUGUUGCAUCUUUGGGACGCGCAUAUGGCUAUAGUCCUCGGCCGGCCCAUGGCGACCAAACUGGACGCAAGCUGCGUGCCUUCGACGAGCCUUACACCAGCAUCGCCCCCAAUAGGCUUGGACGACGUAGCCAUAUCCCCAUUCGAGUUCAUGGUGUGCGGCUAUCAUACUGCUUACAAGUAUUUGCAGGAUAUUCACGACCUAGAGGUUGAGAAUAAGGAUGCGCAGGAGGCCAUUCAGAAAAUACACAACGCCGUAAUAAGCAACAUUUCCAAACUUCCGGCAUGGGCAACCGUCGCAAGUCCGGUACUCGACGGCAGAUACCCUUGGCUCCCUGCUGCUCGUGAGACACUCAUGACGGAGGUUUAUUUUGUCCUGCUCGCACUGCAUCGCCCUUUCGUAUGGACCCUGUCCACAAGUCGAGCAGAGGCCCACCUGGCCGCACUAAAGAUGCUUGCGUCCCAAAGCAGGCUGUUCGAACACGCGGGAGCUCUGCUCUACAGGGGCUUCGCUCUUGUCUUCUCUACAUUCGAUGCGAUGGUUCUGGUGGCAGCGGCAUACAUUCGAGCGCCGAAUGAUAAUCAACAUCUCCUGGCAGAAUCGGUUAACCGCUUGGAGUGGGGUUUGGCAAGACUAGAUGCGAUGAGGUCGCGGAACGCCAUGGCAGGCUUUGCUUAUGACGUGGUACGAGUGCUCGUCCAGAAAAUGCUGAGCCAAUCCUCCUCCCCAGACCCUGCGCCUCUAAGAAAUGAUGAGCCGGAAAGCCAUUUCAUGGCUGAGGAGACGCUGUCGAGGAACCACGCUGCACAAGCCGGCCCAGGUGUUGAGCAGGAUUCAGAUGACGCAACAUUACAACAACCGCUAUAUGACUUCGUCUCUCACGACCUACUAGGCGAGACCUUUCCUGUCGAGUGGCAAGAGAUGAUUAUCCCUGAAGCUGCGAACUACGAGGAGGCAUUUCCCUCUAGUAUUUGGCAAUUCUUGGACGAGCUCACGUAGCAGACGCGACUCUUGAAUGCAUAUCAAGUUUUGGGCUAUUGCAACUCAAAUAGCUGGCGAGCUUGGCCAGAUAUUUCACUCCCUUGGUUUGAAACAACAGCAUAGCUAAAGUCAACAAAGGAACUGAGACAUUGGAAUCAUAAGCCUACGUUGAACGACGAUCCGAUGAAAAGAGUCAUCGAUAUGACGUGAUCUUAUGUGGAUAUAAAGACGAUAUAGGCAGGUCGUAUCAAACUGUCUAAAAUAUAGGGCUGUAGUGUAUAAUACAAAAGAGAAGGUAUAGUUAUGUACCAAGAUACGAAGAUACUCGUCUGAAUACAGGGUAUUGAUACAGGAUAUUGAUAUGAUUGCCAAUUAGUUACAACGAAUAGUAG